AUGGAUGCACUCAACACUGACACCACUAACGCGCUCAGUGAGGCAUACUUGAGAUGGAGAAAGGUACCCAUGUCCGAAAGGCCUAGGUUACCUGUACCUCGCCAUGUGCCUCAACGCAAACUCGAUCAGGUGACAUCACUUGUGAACAAAGUAAUCCCUGGAGUGAUCAACACCACUAGUAAAAACAAAGAUCUUCAAAUGGAAGAUCUCAAUUGCUUAGUAUAUGUUGCUGCUCGAUGUUCCUUGACCAGAUGUGGCAUUUCCUUGUCUGAGACGAACGGUGAAAACGCUAGUGGCAAGCCGGCGAGCUCGCGACCACCGGAACCGAUUUGGUUAGUAAAAUCGCGCAACAAAGCGAAGAAAUUACGGGCAGAUAUAUCUCGACUAACAAUGAUGUUGAAAAACCCUGCUGUCAAGCACCAACGGUUCUUUACUCAGUACGGAAUAUCCAACACUUCCCAGAUUGGAUACGCCCUGGAACAGAGGAAGCUGGAAUUGCUUGCGCUAGCGGAGAGGACAAGACGUGAUAAACACAUCUGGGAGAGCAGGAGAGCUAACACACUAUUCCGCACAAAUGAGAAAGAAUUCUACCGUAGACUGAGAAAGGAACCGGAGCAGCAGCAUCCCGGGGAAAUACCGAGUGAGGGUGCCGUAUUCGAGUUCUGGUCUGGUAUACUAGCCAAGCCUGUGCCGUUUGAUGAGUCAUCAGGGUGGUAUCAAGAACAAAGAGUGGAAUAUGAGACUACCAUUGCAGAGGAUGAACCCGUAUCUGUGACUCAACGGGCACUCCAGGACACGCUAGCUAAGGUCAGCAGGUGGAAAGCUUGUGGUGUAGACGCAAUUCAUGGUUACUGGUGGAAAAAAUUAUCUAAUCUACACAUUGCCCUGCGAAUCGCCUUCCAGAAGACCCUUGUCGGUGAUUGGCCAAUUCCGGAAUGGUUGGUGACUGGCCGCACAAUCCUGCUGCCCAAGACGGAGCCACCCACAUCUAACCCAGCCCAAUAUCGCCCUAUCACCUGUCUACCCACACAAUACAAGAUCCUGACAGCCGUAGUUGCUAGUCUCAUGUGGAAACACAUUGACACCAAUUCGAUACUCCCAGAUGAGCAGAGAGGGUGUACCCCGGGAACACUAGGCUGUAAGGAGCAACUUCUUGUCAAUAAGAUGAUAAUGGAGCACGCUCGGCAUAAUAAGCGCAAUAUCUCUGUUGCGUAUAUCGACUUCAAGAAAGCCUAUGACAGCGUUUCUCAUGUAUGGAUUAUUCGGAUGCUGGAGAUGUACAAAUUUAGCCCAACUCUUGUCAAGUUCUUGGAGGCAAGCAUGCAGCUCUGGAAUACGCACAUAAGUUUAUGA